AUGCGGAGUCUUCCAUUUCCAGUAGCUGCAACGUUCGACCACGAAGUACCAAGUGAACAUGGAACACCGUUCAGCCCUGCUAGUGAUAUUCCUAUUGAUCCUGCACUCGCCGGGCCACUACCUAUCGACCCAGCUAUCAUGGGCAACGAAGCCGUUCAGUUAAAUGUUUCGCAGCAGGGUCCACCCGUGCACAUUCCAGAGGAUUUCAUUCCACCUCACCCUCGACACUACUCUCAGGAGCCUUCACAAUAUGACCAAGGUCCCCGUGGCGAUCCAUUUGCGCCCCAACCUGCGCCUUAUCUACAUAUUCAAGAAGAAGUUGUUCCGCCACCCAUCAAGCCACUAAAGAGAAAGCGAAAACCCCGGCGAGAACCCGAGUGCGGGUUUUGUCAGGGGGAUGACAAGAGGAACAAGGAGGCUGAACCCGAGGUCAUGGUCACUUGUGUAGAAUGCGGUCGCAGUGGGUGGCAUAUGGAUUGUAUGCAGCCUCCCCUGGAAGAAACGCCUCCUGGAACAUGGCACUGCCCAAUGUGCCCCCCAUCCAUCUUUCCUUUAGAAUCCGACGUUGCAUCCACGACAAAUUCCGAUCCCCAAGAUAGAGACGAGGCAACUGCCGAGCCUGAAGUGGAUGUUGAAGUUGACGAUGGCGAUGACGAUUCCUCUGAAGACUCUUCGGACUCUGAAUCUGCAUCCGAUGAUACCAAUACUGUGCAAGCACCGACACCACGCCAGCGACCCAGCCAGCGAAUAAAGAAGCCGCCAAAGCGCAGAAUUGAACAGCCAACCCCACGGCCUCUCAAACGCAUCCGCCUGCGCUCGCCUGCGGCACACCCGCUCGUCGUACGUCUGCGAAUCCCUCCAAAGGGUAAGGGCAAAGAGCGAGAAGAAGACCCCGACAGAAAUAUCUUCGAGGACUUCCUCAAUCCUGCUGAUAGGGACAUGUCAAAAACAGGGAUCACAGACUUUGACAGAGCACGAUUUGAUAAAAGUUGUCUGGCGGCUGAGGAAAAACUUGCACCACCUCAAUCAGCACCAUCAAUUGACACACCUGAUCCUCCAAUAGCUGGUCCUUCGUCUCGUCCCCUACGGUCUCACGCUCUCCAACACAUAACAAUACCUUCCUCAAUACCAGCUCGCUCGCCAGUGCCUUCCACACCUGGUGCGAUUCCGCACACACCUUCCACCAUCCCUGCUACCCCAUCAGGUUUCCCAGCGCCUCCCUCCACGUUACGCAUCCGGAUCAUCCGCUUCGGGAAGUAUGAUAUCCACCCGUGGUACGAUGCCCCCUUUCCUGAAGAGUUCUCAAAUAUCCCGGAUGGACGACUGUGGUUCUGUGAAUUUUGCCUCAAAUAUAUGAGAAGUGGCUUUGCUUUUGGUAGACAUAGCAUGAAAUGCAAAACACGUCAUCCACCAGGCGACGAGAUUUAUCGCGAUGGUGCCAUGUCUAUUUUCGAAGUAGACGGACGCAAGAACAAGAUAUACUGCCAGAAUCUUUGCUUGUUGUCGAAGAUGUUCCUAGAUCACAAGUCACUCUUCUAUGACGUCGAACCAUUUUUGUUCUACGUUAUUACAGAAACUGACGAUAUGGGUGCGCGUUUUGUUGGGUACUUCAGUAAAGAGAAAUGUUCUCCGAAGGACUACAACGUCAGUUGUAUCAUGGCGUUACCUGUGAGGCAAAGGCAAGGAUGGGGAAAUUUCUUGAUCGACUUCAGUUAUCUUCUCUCCAAGAAGGAACAACGCGCGGGAUCACCCGAGAAACCACUCUCAGGGCUUGGUCAACUGGGGUACAAGAACUAUUGGACCCUCGCACUCAUGCGAUACCUUCACACAUCACCGGAAAACCCAACCCUUGAAGCUAUCAGCAAGGGCACAUCUAUGACCAUCGAAGAUAUUUAUAAUACCCUUCACGACCAGGGAAUGAUCUCUGUGCAAUCUGUUACACCGCCUAUGAGACCUACACCAGGGCAAGCUAUCAAGUUCCCACGAGGGCGCAAGAACGGCAUUGCGCGGCGUCACCUUCAGCGGCAGAGCACGCUAAACAAGGAGGAGGAGGCCGGAAGUAAGGCCAACACACCCUUUGUCCCCCCUACGCGGUAUCAGAUCACCUGGGAUCCUGAGAAGGUGCAACACUACCUUGGGGCGUGGGAGAAGAAGGGAUACAUGAAGCUGAAACCGGAACGGUUGAAAUGGACGCCGUUUGUGCUGGCACGGACAAAAGCUGGCGGGGAAGUUUUGCAAGCGGAGCUGGGUGCCGGCAUGGGUGCUUUAAACGGCGUUGCGGAAACACCAAUCCCAGUCACUGAUCAGGUGGACAAUCAGACGCCGGCCCCUGGUCCUACCGAACCCUUCGUCAGCGUAUCUGAGGCAGCGCCUACAGACACUCAUCAUGUCGUAGACACUCCUGCAGCGCGUCUGUUUGAUGACCUCAUAACCGAAAACCCUGAAACUCCUGUGACAAAGAAGCAAUUGCGGAGUCGCGUCAAAGGAGGCGAAGUGCCUCGGUCCGUCUUCUCGCGAACGCAGUCGAGUCGCAACACGAUCACGCGCACUGCCCUCCAACGACACACACGUUCUGUAUCGGCUCGCCCUAUUACUGGCAUCGACGAUGCGGUCAACAAUGCUGCCCUUCAAGCUAAUGAGCUGGCAGAACAAUCGAGUCCUGAUAUUCCUGCCAAACGGCGACGAGGACGGGCACGGAUAAAGCCACCGGAUGAUGCGUUAUCAGCGGUAUCUGAGUCUGGGAGGAUGACUGUUUCACCGUCACCAUCAAGACCCCUGACUCGAGUCAAACGCAGGAGGAUAGAAUCGCCUGUGUCAGAAACCCCUUCAGAGCGUGUGGAAGGCCGUGCUGAGCCGCCUGAUGGUCCUACUCACUCCAACGGUCACAUUAACCCCGUCAGUGAGGUCUGUCAGGAGGAAGAUGUCUCUCAUCAUUCAUCCGGAUCAUCUGGUUCCGUCAAUAAUGGCGCUCAAUCUCCUCGAUCUCCUCGAGUGGAGACGACCUCGUCUAUGUCAGAACUAGAUACACGAUCCUCACUUGCUCAGUCACAACCACCGGAUCCCGAGAUUAAGUCGGAGGAAGCGGAUACGCCUCUCACCGGCAUAACCAGUCGGCACAGCGUACCAAGCGACGACACCUUGUUCGUUGUGGAGACUGCAAACGGGGUAGGGAGCAAGGACUCUGGAGGCUCUGAUAUUAUCGGAGCCGUGCACUCACCCACUUCUCAAAUUACCUGGAGGGAAAGUGCUGGUCAAGACUCACAUAAAAAUGCACAAUACAUAUUACACGCACCUCUGCAGCUUAGAGAAAGGUACCCACAAUCCCUCGGCCGCGUUCAACACCAUCAAUCUCCAGUAAAAUGUCACAGCUCAUUCCAAGCACCACAUCCCUUCGAGCUUUUGACAGACCGGCAGUGCCUUAGCGACCCAAGCAUGGCUUUUGGCCAUCUUCAACGAGACCCAAACCUGCAGACUAAUGUCAGCAAUGUCUCGAGUUUGAAUCAAGCGCUGGGGUCGCAUCUUAACCCUACCAUCAAUGGGCGUCCCCAAUUCCAUGAUGGCGGAGCAUAUAGGCUUUCUGAUUCACCGCCGACAAUUUUGGAUCAAGCUUCGCGAUCUACCCAACCGAUAGGUGGUCCUUCUCAUUCUUCACCCAUUCACGAGUUUUCGGUACUCCCAACCAACGAAACUCAAACUACCAGUGGGCCCAAACGUAAGCAGACUGACGGUUUGGCCCCCAGUGGUAGUUCACAAUCAGGCAAAAGACGGAGAGAAGGGGAGGACAUAAACGACCCCUUUGACACCGAUGGUGCGCACGGUUCUAAACACUGGACUGACGAUGAGAAGACAAAAUUGUUUAACUGGCUCAUGGGUGUUGGGGAAGACAACCACUGGAGUGCACUUCGGGCUACAAAGAACUCGUGUCUUCGCGAGUGUGCCAUUGAGGUAUUUGGUGGCAAGAAGACUUAUCAGGCGCUAAAAGGCUGUUAUGAACGAAAUUUCAAUUUAUUUAAACAGAUCUAUGCAUUCGAAAGUUUUCACGCGCAAUUGGGGAAUGGUCCUGUCAGCUUUACGAAUGAAGCAGACAGGUUGCGAGAAUAUGAACGGCGAUUACAAAUUGCUCGCAAAGGCGGUUGCGACGUCGGCAAUGUGGGUGUCAAGACGAUUGACCAUUGGCAUAGGUCAGGCUGGUAUACUUUGUUCCACAGAAGAUGGAAUGGUGAUCCCGCCACUACUAGUACACGACCCGCAAACCGCCAAAACAACGUCCCAGGGGCGACUAAUUCCCACGGCGGUGAAGAUGACGAUGACGAUUCAUUAGAAGCAACGGAACCAACUCCAAUUCUUCAACCUCAGAUUCAACCGCAGAGCGCACCACCUCAUCCUCAACCUCAAACUAAUACCAACGAGCUUCCGAUACAGGAAGCAGGACCAUCAAAUACCCCAAGUCGAGCCGUCUUCCCCAACGUACCGUCGCCAAGCAGUGAUACGUCUGUUAUCAAUUUUACUUUACCACAAAACAUGAUGGCUGCAUGCUUGCAGCUUUUGCAAGCGCAGGUUCAGCACAGCAAACUCAAGCUAGAGUAUCUUAGGAGACGGGAGGAAAGGGAAGAAAGAGACAGUACUACUCGCAAAGAUGCCGAGCGUGCAAGACUGGAAAGAGAAGCUGCCGAGUGGGAGCACACAAAAGAGACAGCUAAUGUCAAGCACAGAGCCCAACUUGCAACAGAUGUGUUGGCGAAUCCGGUGGUAGACGGAUCUGUGCGCCAGGCUGCGGCCGAUUAUCUUAAAAGACUAUUUGCUUCGGACUGA